AUGAUAAAUGAAGAAAAGGAAAAAAGCUUCUCUACCCCUAAUACUAGAAGCAAUAACGAAGACGAUGAUAGGAUCGAAAUUUUCUACAACCCAAAAAAGCAUAAAACUCAGCUAGAGACUCGCCAGUUAACGGAAAAUGAAGCUCGUCAAUAUAUUGUAUCUCGCUGGAUUUCCGAAGAUUUUCUUGCCAGCGAUCUUAAACCGAGUAAAAUUUUACAACCUACUACCUUUUUGAAUCCUCAGCUUACCUUUCUCGAAAAGUUUCUUGAAAAGAGACGGCAGAGACAAGUUGUUCGUCAGUUACUUAACCAGGGUUUACUUCCAUCUAAUGCUAUAAAAACUGGUACCUAUAUACUCGAUUUUGCUGUACUAUCCAAUCACCAUCUCGAAGUACUUUCGAAUGUAAUACAGGAGAAUUUAUAUGAAGAUGAUGCUAGAAAGAAGUCUUUACCGCCCCAAAGCAUUCAAACGAUUCCAACUUUUUCAGAGGUACCCCAAGAGUUCAUGUCUUUGCUUGAAUCAGAGAUCUUUAUUCUAGAUGGACCAGCAGAUCAAGUGGGACGUAUCCAUAUCAAGGAUCUUAACAACGUUAAGCCUGAAUACACUUCAGAUUCUUCAGGAAAAAAACAAUUGUGGACAGAAUUCGCCUUAUGGGCAUAUAGUAACAAUAUACCUUAUACCACUUCAAACACCACUUCCUCUCACCAUAAAGCGCAUCUGAAAUGUGUUAAAGGAUUAAUUCAAGGGCUUCAACCGCUCUCUAAUUCUAUCAAUAACUAUCUCGAGAACACAUACCCAGCAUUAUAUAACAAGUUGAAGAAGCUCGAUCUUGGUCCGAACGUUUCGAAAUCAUUUGGAGCUUUUCCUACGGUCACCAUUAAUUUUAAUGUGAUCUGCCAAUUUCAUCGGGAUAUGAAGGAUCACCGAAAUACUCUUUGCGUGGUUUGCCCGCUUGGAGAAUUUAAAGGUGGAGAGUUGGCUUUUCCUGAAUUAAAAUUAGUUGUGCAUAUGAAGCAAGGACGAGCCGUGGCCUUUAGAUCGAACCUUUUGAUUCAUGGAAAUCUCCCAGUCAUUGCUGGAGUUCGACACAGUGUUGUAUUUUAUAUCCAUAAUACCGCGAUCAAACAAAAACGGAAGUUUGGCUCUCUUUUCGCUGAUUACGACUUGGGCUGGGAUAGUAAUAGCAAUGAGGACGAGUCAUCACCGAAAUUAGGUUCUGGAAAUAAC